AUGUCUCUUAAAGACCGUUCCUUCCCAAUGAGCCCCGGCACAGUUCUGAGCGUUUUCUGUUUGCUUCUUUACUCCGCUGAAUUCAUUCGAAACGAGACCAAGUUCAAUGAGUAUGAACGAAGGUUGAAAACUGUGGAGGAAUUCAUGCCUCAAGAUAAAAUGACACAAGCGAGGACGGAUUCUCCUCCCACUGAACAAGUCAUACAAACCACCUCUGCCGAGCUUGAAAUCAAUCGACUGAAGCGUAGUAUUUCGCAUCCACCACCUUUUAAUAAUUCAGCUGGGAUUAGGAAAAUGAUAGAGGACAUUGUUUAUUUCACUUGGAGUAUUUGCCACAACAAAGCUGGUUUGAAUGUUUGUCCUCGUGGCCGGCCAGGACCUCCGGGGAGAGCAGGACCCAAAGGUGACAAAGGAACGAAAGGCCCCCGAGGAAUUAUAGGAGCUACUGGUCGGAGCGGAAAACCAGGAAAGAUGGGACCAUCCGGAGUAAGAGGAGAGAAGGGAAUUAAAGGAGACAUCGGGCCACCCGGUAUCCCAGGUAUCCCGGGAAUUAAAGGGGAAUCAGGAGAGUCUCUUUCGCCUCCAAAUGUGACAAUUUCCCCGCCAAAACUAAUUGUCAACGAAACCAAGACGGCCUCGCUUCUAUGCUCUGCUUCUGGAAAUCCCGCUGUUCAAAUAACUUGGUCAAAAGCCAAGGGAUCGUUGCCUAGCGAUCGGACCAAAGUGACAUCAAAUGGCCUGAUGCAGAUCACUGAUGUCGGCUUAGAAGAUGCGGGCGAAUACAGAUGCGAGGCGCGAAGUAUACUGGGAAAGAAUGAAAAAACUGCAAGUCUUGUUGUUCAAUCUCCACCCCAAGUUUCACUUUCUCCGGGCCCAACCUACAUUGAAAUAGGAAAGAACAUCACUCUACCAAAAUGUCACGUGACAAGCCUUCCACCAGCAGUGAUCACGUGGUCCAAAUUUAAUGAUGGCUUAGCGCAGUCUAGGACUGUUGUGAAAGAUGGACAGCUGACUAUAUUACAUGCGAAAAUGGCAGACUUUGGUUCAUACGAAUGUAAAGCGUCAAACAUUUUAGGACAUGACUCAGCUUGGACGCACCUAAGUGUCUUUCAGCUGCCGCGUUUUACAAAAACACCACCUGCAUGGCUUUAUGUUGAAAAGAGGAAAACCAUUUCAGUCCCCUGUCAGGCUACUGGUCACUCUCAACCAAAAAUCACGUGGUUAAAAGAGAGAGGCAAUCUUCCUGUGGGCAGAUCACAAGUCAGUCAUGAUGGAACACUUCAAAUCAGUAACACAAAAGUGGAAGACUCAGGCACUUAUAUCUGUACAGCAACAUCUAACAAAGUAUAUAAGGCGGUCACUGAAAUGAAAUUGACUAUUAAUGGUGAAUGUGUUCCAGUUGGGGUGGAGGACAGUGACACAAUUCCAGAUGCCGCACUUAAAGCAAGCACAUUCUAUAAUGGAAAUUAUCAUCCAUACUACGGCCGACUAAAUGAAACCAGGGGAAGGGGAGCAUGGUGUCCUCGGACUAAAUACGAUAGAACAGACUAUCUUCAAGUUGAUAUGGGUGCAGUACUUUCCGUUUGUGCCGUGGCUACCCAAGGAGCACCGCUUGUUCGCGAAUGGACCACCAAGUACAAAUUGCAUCUAGCCACAGACGGUGUAACUUGGAAAACUUACAAGGAAUCAAAUGUUGAAAAGGUGUUCCCAGGAAACUCAGACCAAAACAGCGUCGUAAAACAUUCCCUCACUACUAACGUCAUGGCCAGAUACGUUCGUUUCUAUCCCGUCACGUACUACACGUUUCCAUGUUUAAGAGUUGAAAUAUUCACUCUAGCAGCACGUUAUAACUACACUGGCCGACUACCAGCUAAGAGUGCUCUUAGUCUGGCACACUUAAAAAGAGGGAAAAAAGAUAUAAAAAGACAAAGGGUUGCUUUCGAGUUCGAUCAUUUAGCUUUCGUGAUGCCUAUCAAAGACCGUUCUUUUCCAGUGAGCCCUGGAACGGCUCUGUCUGUUUUCUGUUUGCUUCUUUAUUCGGCUGGAUUCAUUCGAAUCGAAACAAAGUUCAAUGAUUAUGAACAGAGGUUGAGGACUGUGGAGGAAUUCAUGCCUCAAGUUAAAAUGGAACAGGCAAGGACAGAUUUGCAUUCGGCUGAACAAGUAGUACCCACCACCUCCAGGCAGCCGAAAACCUUUCGUCUGAAGCGGAGUGUUUUACAUCCGUCUCCUUUCAACAACUCAGAAAAGAUAAGGGAAAUGAUGGAAGACAUCAUUUCUUCUACAUGGAAGAUUUGCAGCAACAAAGGCAAUUUGAAUGUGUGUCCCCGUGGGCGGCCGGGACCUCCGGGAAGAGCUGGACCCAAAGGUGACAGGGGAAGGAAAGGAAGAAAAGGAUCCCAGGGAAUAAUCGGACCACCAGGAAAAAGCGGAAAACAAGGAAUCAUAGGACCACCAGGAAUAAGAGGAGAAAGAGGAAUGAAAGGAGUCAUCGGGCCACCGGGUAUCCCUGGUAUCCCAGGGACUAAAGGUGAACCAGGUGAAUCCAUUUCAACACCAAAAGUAACAAUUUCUCCACCGAAACUUAUUGUCAACGAAACCAACACAGCCUCGUUCUUAUGCUCUGUUUCGGGAAAUCCAACUGCUCAAAUAUUCUGGUCAAAGGUCAAUGGAUCGUUAUCUAGCAAGAGGACUAAAGUGACGUCAAAUGGUAAGAUGCAAAUCGUUAGUGUUCGGAUGGAAGAGGCAGGCGAAUACAAAUGCUUAGCGCGAAAUAUUCUGGGAGAGGAUGAAAAAACUGCGAUUGUCGUCGUACAAAGUAAACCUAAGAUCUCACUCUCCUUUGGCCCCACUUAUUUUGAACAAGGCAAGAACGUCACUAUGCCAAAAUGUCACGUGACUAGUUUUCCUCCAGCCAUCAUCACGUGGUCUAGAGUGCGCGGUGAACUUGCACAUUCCAGAACUCUUGUGAAAGACGGACAGCUGUCAAUUAUCACUGCUCAAAAGAGAGAUUCUGGUUUGUACGAAUGCAAAGCCUCCAAUAAUCUGGGCCAUGAUUCAGCUUUGACAAAUCUUGUUGUGUGGGAUCUUCCCCGUUUUACAGUCAAUCCACCUGCAAAGCUUGAUGUAGAAAAAAACAAAAAUGUUUCAGUUCUUUGUCAGGCCGCUGGUGACCCUCGACCAGUAAUCACGUGGGUUAAAGAGAAUAGCGACUUGCCAGUUGGAAGAUCACAAGUCAGUGUGAAUGGAACACUUCAGAUAUGGAAUAUUAAAGAUGAAGACUCGGGAAUAUAUAUCUGCACAGCCACAUCAGCGCAACUGUUCAAAACGUCUUCUUUAAUGCAACUAACCCUUAGGAAAGUGUGCGAGCCCAUUGGUGUGGUGGACAGAAACAGAAUACCAGACGCUAGAAUGACAGCAAGCAGUUUUUUCGAUGGUAAUUAUCAUCCUUUCUACGGUCGAUUCAAUGAGAGCAGAGGACAUGGAGGGUGGUGCACUAAAACUACAUAUGACAGAACAGACUAUCUUCAAGUUGACAUGGGUGAAGUGCGUUUUCUUUGUGGUGUGGCUACACAAGGACUACAAGCUAGAAGGAGCUCUGCAUGGGCCACCAGCUACAAACUACAAUUAUCUACAGACGGUAUAACUUGGAACACUUACAAGGAAACGAAUAUUGAAAAGGUCUUCCAAGGAAAUUCAGACAGAAACAGCAUUGUGAAACAUCCACUCGGUGCUGACGUCAAGGCCAGAUACAUUCGGUUUUAUCCUGUUACGGAUUACGGUCAUCCUUGUAUGAGGGUUGAAGUAUACGUGCUGCUAAAUUUUUUCGUGAUUUCUCUCAAAGACCGUUCUUUUCCAGUGAGUCCUGGAACGGCUCUGUCUGUUUUCUGUUUGCUUCUUUACUCUGCUGGAUUCAUUCGAUUCGAGACAAAGUUCAAUGAUUAUGAACAGAGGUUGAGGACUGUGGAGGAAUUUAUGCCUCAAGAUAAAAUGGAACAGGCACGGCCAGAUUUACAUUCGGCUGAACAAGGUGAAGUCAAAAACUGUCUGCAACCGCAAACCUUCCGUCUGAAGCGUAGUAUUUCACAUCCACCUCCUUUCAACAACUCAGCAAAGAUAAGAGAGAUGAUGCAAGACAUCAUUUCUUUUACAUGGAAGGAAACAAAGGCAAUUUGCAGCAACAAAGGCAAUUUGAACGUAUGUCCCCGUGGGCGGCCGGGACCUCCGGGGAGAGCUGGACCAAAAGGUGAUAGGGGGAGGAAAGGAAGAAAAGGAUCCCAGGGACUCAUGGGACCACCAGGAAGAAGCGGAAAACAAGGAGUCAUGGGACCACCAGGAAUAAGAGGAGAAAAAGGAAUAAAAGGAGACAUCGGGCCACCGGGUAUCCCUGGUAUCCCAGGGACUAAAGGUGAACCAGGCGAAUCCAUUUCAAAGCGGAAAGUAACAAUUUCUCCACCGAAACUAAUUAUCAACGAAACCAACACAGCCUCGUUCUUAUGCUCUGUUUCGGGAAAUCCAGCAGCUCAAAUAUUCUGGUCAAAGGUCAAUGGAUCGUCACCUAGCAAUAGGACUAAAGUGACGUCAAAUGGUCAGAUGCAGAUCGUUAGUGUUCGGAUGGAAGAGGCAGGCGAGUACAAAUGCUUAGCGCGAAAUAUUCUGGGAGAGGAGGAAAAAACUGCGAUUCUCGUCGUACAAAAUAAACCGAAUAUCUCACUCUCCCCUGGGCCCACUUAUUUUGAAAAAGGCAAGAACAUCACGUUACCAAAAUGUCACGUGACCAGUUUUCCUCCAGCCGUCAUAACGUGGUCUAGAGUGCGCGGUGAACUUGCAUAUUCCAGAACUGUUGUGGAAGACGGACAGCUGUCGAUUAUCAGUGCUCAAAAGAGAGAUUCUGGUUUGUACGAAUGCAAAGCGUCAAAUGAUUUGGGUGACGACUCAGCUUUGACACUUCUAAGCGUUUUGGAGCUGCCACGAUUCACAUCAAAUCCUCCUGCUCAGCUCAAUGUUAGACAAGAACAAAAUAUUUCAAUCUCAUGUCAAGCUGCUGGUGACCCCAGACCAAAAAUCGUGUGGGUGAGAGAGAACAGCCAGCUGCCAGUUGGAAGAUCACAAGUCAGUCCGCAAGGAACACUUCAAAUAUGGAAUAUUAAAGAUGAAGACUCGGGAAUAUAUAUCUGUAUAGCCAUAUCAGCGCAAUUAUUCAAAAGGUCUUUAAUGCAACUGACUGUUGUGUGUGAGCCUAUUGGUGUGGUGGACAGGAACAGAAUACCAGACGCCAGAAUGACAGCGAGCAGUUUUUACAGUAAUUAUACUCCUCCCUACUACAGCCGACUCAAUGAAAGCAGUGGCCAUGGAGGGUGGUGCCCUAAAACUAGAUCUGACAGAACAGACUAUCUUCAAGUUGAUAUGGGUGAAGUGCGUUUUCUUUGUGGUGUGGCCACACAAGGAUUACUGAGGGGCUCUGCAUGGACCACCAGCUACAAACUACAGUUAUCAACAAACGGUACAACUUGGAACACUUACAGGGAAACGAAUAUUGAAAAGGUUUUCCAAGGAAAUUCAGCCAGAAACAGCAUUGUGAAACAUCCACUCAGUACUGACGUCAAGGCCAGAUACGUUCGGUUCUAUCCUGUCACGUAUCACACUUAUCCUUGUUUAAGGGUUGAAAUAUAUUUUCCCUGUUUCUCGCUCGAACUGAAAGCCAUUUUAGAGCUAUUGGAACACUUAGAAAAAAUUUUCGUGAUGUCUCUCAAAGAUCGUUCUUUUCCAGUGAGCCCUGGAACGGCUCUGUCUGUUUUCUGUUUGUUUCUUUACUCCGCUGGAUUCAUCCGAAUCGAGACAAAGUUCAAUGACUAUGAACGGAGGUUGAGGACUGUGGAGGAAUUCAUGCCUCAAGAUAAAAUGGAACAGGCAAGGACAGAUUUAUAUUCGGCUGAACAAGUAGUACCCCCCACCUCCAGGCAGCCGAAAACCCUUCGUCUGAAGCGUAGUAUUUCACAUCCGCCUCCUUUCAACAACUCAGCAAAGAUAAGAGCAAUGAUGGAAGACAUCAUUUCUUCUACAUGGAAGAUUUGCAGCAACAAAGGCAAUUUGAAUGUGUGUCCCCGUGGGCGGCCGGGACCUCCGGGGAGAGCUGGACCCAAAGGUGACAGGGGGAGGAGAGGAAGAAAAGGUGCUAAGGGAAUCAUGGGACCACCAGGAAGAAGUGGAAAACAAGGAAUCAUGGGGCCAACGGGAAUAAGGGGAGAAAAAGGAAUAAAAGGAGAAAUCGGGCCACCGGGUAUCCCUGGUAUCCCAGGGACUAAAGGUGAACCAGGUGAAUCUAUUUCAAAGCCAAAAGUAACGAUUUCUCCACCGAAACUAACUGUCAACGAAUCCAACACAGCCUCGUUCUUAUGCUCCGUUUCGGGAAAUCCAGCAGCUCAAAUAUUCUGGUCAAAGGUAAAUGGAUCGUUUCCUAGCAACAGGACUACAGUGACGUCAAAUGGUCAGAUGCAAAUCGCUAGUGUCCGGAUGGAAGAGGCAGGCGAAUACAAAUGCUUAGCGCGAAAUAUUCUAGGAGAGGAGGAAAAAACUGUGAUUCUCGUCGUACAAAAUAAACCGAAGAUCUCACUCUCCCCUGGGCCCACUUAUUUUGAAAAAGGCAAGAACAUCACUUUCCCAAAAUGUCACGUGACCAGUUUUCCUCCAGCCAUUAUCACGUGGUCUAGAGUACGCGGUGAACUUGCAUAUUCCAGAACUGUUGUGGAAGACGGACAGCUGUCAAUUAUCAGUGCUCAAAAGAGAGAUUCUGGUUUGUACGAAUGCAAAGCGUCAAAUGAUUUGGGGGAAGACUCAGCUUUGACACUUCUCAGUGUUUUGGAGCUGCCACGAUUCACAUCAAAUCCUCCUGCUCAGCUCAAUGUUAGACAAAAACAAAAUAUUUCAGUCUCAUGUCAAGCUGCUGGUGACCCCAGACCAAAAAUCAUGUGGGUGAGAGAGAACAGUGAGCUGCCAGUUGGAAGAUCACAAGUCAGUGCGGAUGGAACACUUCAGAUAUGGAAUAUUAAAGAUGAAGACUCGGGCAGAUAUAUCUGUACAGCCACAUCAGCACAACUGUUCAAAACAUCUUCUUUAAUGCGACUGACUGUUAGGACAGUGUGCAAGCCUAUUGGUGUGGCGGACAGGAACAGAAUACCAGACGCUAGAAUGACAGCGAGUAGUUUUCAUAAUGGUGACUAUAGUCCUUCCUACGGCCGACUCAAUGACAGCAGAAGUAAGGGAGGGUGGUGCCCUAAAACUUUAUCUGACAGAACAGACUAUCUUCAAGUUGACAUGGGUGAAGUGCGUUUUCUUUGUGGUGUGGCUACACAAGGACUACAAGGGAGCUCUGCAUGGGCCACCAGCUACAAACUACAAUUAUCUACAGACGGUAUAACUUGGAACACUUACAAGGAAACGAAUAUUGAAAAGGUCUUCCAAGGAAAUUUAGACAGGGACAGCAUUGUAAAGCUUUCACUCAGUACUGACGUCAAGGCCAGAUACGUUCGGUUUUAUCCUGUAACGUUUUCCGGUUACCCUUGUAUGAGGGUUGAAAUAUUUGUGCUAAAUUGACCAAAAAAAACAUUCAUUAAUCUACCAGCACAUAUUGACACAAAACAGCCUCUAUGACACAAGGUAAAGAUCGUAAGGCCGUGCUAUUCAGACCAUAGAUAAUAAACCAAACAUAAACA